AUUGUCACGGUCAUGUUGGCAGCCCCGGUAAUCAGCUGUUGGCCGACCAGCUCUUGUAACAGCGGGGCGAGCCGGAGUGAUAAACUGGCGAAACGAAGAGAACAGCACAUUAUAUUUUAGAUUCAGAGCAUGGCGCGGAAGGCAGCUGUGGCGUGCGGGGCGGUGACCAAGCACAGCCUGGUGAUGCGCGGCUGGCCCACGGAGGUGCUGUGUGUGGGCCAGGGGCUGCAGGAGGCUCCCCAACACCUGGUGCUCUUCAUUCCAGGUAACCCCGGAGUAGCGUCUUACUACAGGCGAACCAUGGAACACCUGUACAAUUUGCUGGGCGGCAGUCACUCGGUGUGGACUGUGUCUCACGCCGCCCACUGCGUCAACCUGCCCUCCCUCUGGCCAGGCUACCAGCACGUGUACAGCCUGGAGGACCAAAUACAACACAAGAUUACAUUUCUGGAGACUCACAUACCCGCUGGCACCAAGCUAACACUCGUGGGUCACUCUAUCGGAUGCAAAAUUAUAUUACGCCUCCUCGAGCACUUUGAAAACCACCCUAGUUUAUCGAUAUCUGAAAGCUACUUACUGUUUCCAACUAUUGAGCGUAUGAGAGACAGUCCUAAUGGGGUUAAAAUGUGGCCUGUUUUGAAUUAUCUUCGUUGGUUUGUGGUUAUGUUGACUUGUAUCGUUUAUAUCUUGCCGGGAAAGGUUGUAGAUACAUUAUUAAGACUAUACUUCGGGAGUUCAGCGUAUGAGUGCUGUAUAGAUGCCACGAAGGAGCUGCUGAAUGCCCGGGUGGUGCAGAACAUGCUGUGGAUGGCGAAGGAUGAACUAGACAAGGUGGUGGAUCUAGAUGUGGAUGUGGUGAGGAGGUACAGAGAUAAGCUGGUGUUGUAUUAUGGAGCGAGCGAUGCGUGGUGCCCGGUGCAGUACUGGGAGGGGGUCAGGGAGCGGGUGCCGGAGGUGGAGGCUGUGCUGUGUGAGGACGGGACGCAGCAUGCAUUUGUGCUGCGCCACGCUGAGCCCGUUGCGGAGAAACUUGCGCACUGGAUGGGAUCUUGAGUGUGGUGCUGAUUAUAAAUUUGAUUUCCAGUAGAUCUUAGGUUUUGCGUGAGUGUGUGAGAUGUGAAUGUUGAGGUUUGUGAGAGGUGGAUACAAAACUGCCCUACGAAAUUAAAUGUAAGUUUGGGAGUGUUUACAAGCCUCGUUCCUAAGAUUAUUGAAGUUUUACGUGUGUGUGUGCGUGUGUGUGAGGAUGGAACACAGCACAUUUUGUUUUGCCCACAGGAUGAAAAUCUUUAUCUCAUGUGUGACAUUGUAUACCUCAUCUUAGAGAUCUUAAAUUCCCUCCCCUGCCAGCUGGUCACUGUAAAUGGGCCUUUUCCGUCUGUGUAUGGAGUAUGCUUCACAUGUAUGCGGGGGAGGGGCUGCACUCAUACCACUGCCAGACACGGUGGAAUCAAUUAGCAUUAUUUCGUCUUAUCAACAACCCCUCCUCUCUCUCUCUCUCUCUCUCUCUGUUUAUAAGCCACAUUCCAACAUUUCAAGAUUUUCCGUGUCUUGGUUUCCGCUAUGAGGUUACGGGUGAGUGAAGGUCAGGGCGAGGUGGGACAUGAUGUAAAUAUUGUGGUUAGGAAAGGUGUGUUGUUUGUAUCGUCUCUAGUGUUUGGUAACAAUAUAUAUGAUGUCUGCUG